GGUUAUCUUCAACAGGCAAUUGUUUGAAUGUUCUUGUGGUAUUUUACAAUAGAUCGUCUACAAUUUUUACCACUAUAUAAAGCCAAAAGGAUGCUGUACGGUCUUAAACGCAAACAUAUUCUAACGCUACAGUCUUACGUGUGUUUUGAAAAUAUACAUUGUUCCCCGUUGUAUUACUUUCAGCUCUGUGUUUUUACCUUCCAUUGAAAUAAGCUGAAAAUUUAACACAGAGCUGUUUGAGAGAAUCAGUUUCUCAAUAAAUUUCUUACUGAAAGCUCUUGAAGUUUUAGAAGUCUCGGGAAAAAUAUCUUUUUCAACUAUCAACUGUUUUUGUGGCUGUUUUGUAUCAGUUUUAUCGAACGGUUAGAUUUAAGCAGUCUUAGUGUUCUUGUUUUGUUUCGAUUUAUUUACACAUCUAUUACAAACUGCCUCCUUUAGUAGCUUUAAUUUAUUAUACCUUGUUAUUUUAACAUUUCGUUUUAAUCUGUAUCUACCGAAAUCCGAAAUGAACCUCCCCCCUCGACCCAUUUUAGGCUUGGGUGGGGUGCAGUGUCUGUGCUUUGUCUUCGUCUUCAUAUCUCUACUGUCACACGCGUGGAUCAGAGUCGAAGACGGAAACGAGGCCGCCACUUACGGAAUAUUCUCUUCAUGCUACAUGCUGGAAGAGUCCACUACCUGGGCUGGGAAGGAGUUCGAAACUCACUGCUCCCACUGUCUCAGUACCUCCGAUGCUCAACUCACACCUGGGGUGUCUUUCUCCAGUCUGCGUGCAGCACGUGCAUUCGCUGUGCUCACUCUCAUCACCGUGAUCUUGUUCACGGCCGCAGUGCUCAUGUUUUUGAUCCUGGUCACGUGCGAUGUGAAGCUACUCCCCUUGGAAAAGGUGUUCUGGUUUCUGGUCGUGACAGGUAUCAUUCAGUGGACUCUUUUCCUCGUGACACUCAUAUGCACUUCGAGCUUCAUGAACCAACUGGACCAUGUCAACUUCUCAAACGGAACUUCAGCGGAAGUAGGCGCACUGGACUUCGGCUACGGAAAGGUCAUGUCGUGGAUCACAUUUUUUGUGCUGAUUGUUCCUGUCGGGUUAAACGGGUUCAUGGCAUACGAGUUGGUCACUGGAAAAGCCUCGCCAAUGGGCACGUAGACGACGAAGACAGCAUUUCAGUGGAAAAAAGUAGAGGAAAACGAAAUUCAAUAAAAAAAAACUUCGACCCUGUAUCAACUUUAAAUUGUGCGUAAUUUGUACUUUCAUCUGGACAUCAUUCAGAUUGUUUUUUGGCAUGAAAAAUUAUCAAAAAAAAAAAUAAGAGAGUGAAUUAUUUCAUUCAAUAUUUUAUAUGCGUUAUCUUUGAUCAUGCGAACUCUUUCUCCCCUGAAUUAAAAAAAUUGAA